AUGCACUUCCUCUCCAUCUUCUUGACUCUCCUCCCUCUGGCCUACACCAGCCCCAUCCCCUCCCGCUGCCUCGAACUCCAGCAGCUUGACCAGACCCUCACUACCCUCGCCGACAUCGACCGAACCAACAUGACCGAGCAUGAAGUGAAGAAGCUCGGCGAGCUCUUGGUCGCUCAGCCUGCGAUACACAGGGAGCUGGAGAAGUGCUUCAACGGCAACCGCCGUCGGGACUUUGAGGACAUUCUUAGUGGCUUGGGGGAAUCAGUGCAUGACAUGUUGGUCGACGUCAACGUCGACCAAACUAAUUUCAUUGGCAACUAUGGGGACUACAACCGCGAGGACAAUGGCGACGAUUCUGGGGACAACCUCAACGACAGCACUAGCUAG